AUGUCUUCAGAAGUUCCUCUGCCAACGAUUCCUAUUUCGGAGGAAAGUUCAAUCACAGCCAUCCCAACUUCUGAGGCAAGUGGGACCUCCAACACACCCAUAAGCUAUACAAAUACCCCACUGGGAUUUCCUACCACCUCAGCCUACUUUACUGGAACACCUUCUGAGUCUCGCCCUCAGGUGUUAGCUUCCGGUGCGGUUUCAAACAUAUUCACUGCUCCACCUUGUUCAGCCACGGCACAACCUGUUUUACCCAGGCCUAACUUCGAUUCAUCAUCCUUCACAUUUCAAGCACCGCCUCUUCCAUUGGAACCUAGCCAGUUCACUACCGACGCUUACCCUCUGCCGUCUCGAUACGAGUUUAUCGCAGGGCAGGAGAAAGCCGAGAAAACACCUGAACAAGAGGAAAUGACUAGGAAAAUGAGAAGCAUGAAGCAAACUCUCAAAAAUAUACAGGGUCUGAGCGGGCAAAGGAGCAUGUCUUACGCUGACCUGUGCAUGUUCCCGCACGUACAUUUGCCCUUGGGAUUCAAAACCCCAAAGUUUGAGAAAUAUGACGGGCACAUGGACCCCAUAGCCCAUCUCAAAAGGUACUGCAACCAGUUGCGGGGAGCAGGCGGAAAAGAAGAGCUUCUUAUGGCUUACUUUGGAGAAACUUUGAUCGGCAUUGCUUCUGAAUGGUAUAUAGAUCAGGAAGUAUCUCGUUGGCACGUUUGGGACGACUUGGCUCGAGAUUUUGUCAGGCAGUUUCAAUAUAACAUCGACAUUGCCCCCGACAGGAAUUCAUUGUCGAAUCUAAAGAAGAAGCCUUCGGAGAGCUUCCGAGAAUAUGCUGUCAAAUGGCGCGAACAAGCGGCCAGAGUCAAACCUCCGAUGGAUGAAACUGAAAUGGUCAGUGUUUUCCUUCAAGCCCAAGAGGCUGAUUAUUAUCAAAACAUGAUGUCUGCAUUGGGAAAGCCGUUUGCUGAAGCCAUCAAAAUCGGUGAAAUGGUGGAGAAUGGGUUAAAAACAGGGCGAAUCUUGAGUCAGUCUGCUAUAAGGGCCACCUCCCAAGCAAUCCAAGGCGGGUCUGGAGGAGGAACAAACCGAAAGAAGAAGGAAGAAGCAACAAUGGCAACUUCGCGUGUAAGAAAACCCCUUCCGUCCAGAUUCCAUUUCUCUGAAAGAGCCCCGCAACACUACUACCCCCAUCAACAUGCGACCUAUGCUAUGAACCUUCAGCCCUACACAGUAAUGAAUGCACAACCGUAUAUUAGGCCACAACAACAAUUCCACCAAAAGCGAGCUCAAUUUCCAAGAAAUCAACCUCCUCACCAAGCUCAGUAUAAUCCCCGACCUCCACAAAAUAAUCUCCCCUACAACGCCCGUACUCGAGAGCCGCCUAGGAAAAUGGACUUCACACCUAUUGGUGAGUGA